AAACUCUGGGCCAUGGACUUGCAUGGAGGAACUUGUGUAAUCAGCUGAGCGCCGUCACCGAGGUAAGAUGUUGGCCGCCCUCAGAAGCUCCGCCCGGCUCUCCCAGACUGUUGGGAGGCGUCUGCAAUCAACACUUGUUAUUGCAGAACAUGAUAAUAACAAACUAACUCCGAUCACACUCAAUGCUAUAAGUGCUGCGAAGAAACUCGGUGGAGAUGUGACGUGCCUUGUGGCUGGAAGCAACUGUGGAAAUGUUGUUUCUGAACUGUCUAAGGCGGCUGGCAUCUCCAAGAUCCUUGUGGCAGAUGCACAGGUUUUGGAGGGUUUUCUCCCUGAACGUCUUGCACCACUGGUAACAGCCACUCAAAGCCAGUUCAAGUUUACUCACAUUGUAGCUGGUGCUACUGCUCAGGGAAAGUCAUUGAUGCCUCGUGUGGCAGCCAAGCUUGAUGUUUCUCCUAUCAGUGAUAUUAUUGAAGUGAAGGCUCCUGAUACUUUUGUCCGCACAAUUUAUGCUGGCAAUGCUUUGAUGACACUUAAAAGCAAGGAUCCUGUCAAGGUUAUUACAGUGAGAGGGACGAGUUUUGAAGCUGCCCCAGCGGAAGGAGGCUCUGCUGCCAGCGAAGAUGUUGCCCUUGGAGACCUUCCUACUGACCUUUCUCAGUUCAUUGGCCAGGAACUCUCCAAGUCUGACCGUCCUGAGUUGACAGCUGCAAAGACAGUCAUCAGCGGUGGAAGAGGAAUGAAAAAUGGUGAAAACUUCCAGCUACUCUACACCCUUGCAGACAAAUUGAAUGCCGCUGUGGGAGCAUCAAGAGCAGCAGUAGAUGCCGGCUUUGUUCCUAAUGACAUGCAGAUUGGUCAAACAGGCAAGAUUGUGGCACCUGAACUCUAUGUUGCUGUUGGUAUUAGUGGUGCCAUUCAGCACCUUGCAGGGAUGAAAGACUCAAAAACUAUUGUUGCAAUCAACAAGGAUCCUGAAGCCCCCAUCUUCCAGGUUGCUGACCUAGGGCUUGUGGCAGACCUCUUCAAAGCAGUUCCUGAGAUGAUAGAAAAGGUUUGAUUACAAAGUUGUCAAAUGUGAUCAGAACACUCUUCACGAGUUAGUGUAAUUUAAUUUUAGCCAUUUCUUUGUAAUCCAGUGCAUAGGUCAAGUUAUGUUUGUGUAUAAAUAUUGUACAUUUGAAUUUCAUACUUUAGAGCAGGGAUAGUAAAACUUCAAUGAAUUAUUUCAAACUUCUGAAUGGAUUUUAAGUUUGGAAAAAUUGUUUUGUUUUAGGGUGGAGCUGCUGAAACAAUGCAAUAUAGUUAAGUGGGUAUUGGAAUAAAAAGUUUCUGUA